UAUUAUUUGACGUGAAGUUUCACAUUUCUACAAGGUCCUUGUUAGUGUAUGUAUUUUCAAUCAGGAAGACAGCCGAUAUGAGUACAAAACAUUUGGCAGCCGGAUCUGUUGCCCCUCCCCUUAAACCUGAAAAAAUACGUUUAUACAGUAUGAGAUUUUACCCGUAUGCGCAAAGAAUUCAUCUAGUCCUGUAUGCAAAAAUGAUACCAUAUGAUGUUGUUUAUGUUAAUCUAAUGAGUAAACCAGAAUGGUUACUAGAAAAAAGCCCAUAUGGUAAAGUUCCUCGUGUAGAGAUGAAUGGAGGGGAAACAUUGUACGAAAGUCUUAUCAUUGCUGACUAUUUGGAUAAAGUAUAUCCCCAAAACAUGCUAAAUAUACACAAAGUCGUCUUGCUGGAACACCUCAUAUGACUUAAUUACUGCAUAAUUAAAAGUGGUUCAACAGAUAACAAUCACAAAAUAUACAGAGAUGUUGCAAUGAGAGAACUAAUAUAAAGAAUGUAUUUCUGUUCCUAACUUUUAUAUGGUAAAUAUAUCUAUUAUGCUUUAUACAAAAAGAUGAAAAUUAUGUUUAUGUGUACAAGAGCUUAGAAGAAAUAUAUUUUCGUUGUAAAAAAUA